AUGCCCUUAGUAAGUAUGAAGAAACUAUGCACAGUGUGCCUAGAAUGUGUUGAUCGCCAUUAUUGGCACAUGAAAGAUCAUGAUUGGUGUUUUCUCAAGGUUAUGAGUCUGAGUAAUUUCAAGGAUGAAAUGGCCAUACCAGAUGAGUUCACCACUAAUUUCAGAGGUCACAUUUCUGAUAAAGUCAAACUAGAAGUACCUGAUGGCAACAUUUAUAAUGUUCAGGUUGCCAAGGAACAGGAUAAGUUUAUUCUUCGAUCAGGGUGGGUGGACUUCACUGGUGCUUAUGAACUUAAACAGUACGACUCCCUGUUCUUUAUAUAUAGUGGGGACUCCCACUUCAAAGUUCGAAUCUUAAAACCAAGUGGUUGCGAGAAAGCGUUGUCAUGUGUUACAAUGAGCUGUGGUCCUAAUGUCCAAGAAAGGGUCAUUUGUCAUGCUCUAUCACUACCUAGCAUAAAAAGAUGUAGAAAUGACAAUUUGACGGACAAUUUGAAAACUGCAAAGGUUACUCCAACGGACUCACCUUCGCAGAAAUCAAGUUCAGAAAUGAACACACAAGAUGUCACAUCUUCAAAAGAUAUUCCGGAACCAAGGAGUUCAUAUGGCCUUCCGGGGUCCACUGAAUCAUGAUACAUCUUAGAAAAGGGCUGUAUACUGACUAGCGCUCAGAAGGCAAGAGUUGACACAUUUGUGAAGGAAAGUUGGACUGGAAUCCAAAUUUAUGUCACAGUCAUGAAUGAGAAAAGUCUGCCUGAUGGUUGUCUGGUACAGUAUCUUUUGCAGUGAAUGAUCUUUUUGAAUGAAUACUAUAAUAUCUUGCUAGAGCUUUGUCGAAAUUGUUAAAACCCUAGCUCUCUGCAAUUACGGUCAGUUCAUUUAUUUGUAACAGGUCAUCUGCAAGGAUUUUGCAGCCAAAC